UUGCCUUGACAAAAGAAAAAUUUCGUUAUGUAUUUGCUAUACAAAUAAAGGACUACAAUAAGCGUUUCCAUUUCGAAGAAACCUUACGCUUUUCGCCACGCAGAGAACAACGGGAAAAUAUCAGCGUCUAAAUUCGGAUAUACCAAUAUAAAAAAAAUGCGAGAAUGACAUCGCAAAUAUAUCUUAUAUAAUAAUCUUUCAAAUCCCAACCAGUGUCGAAAUCUAAAAAUGCGUAAAUAGGACAUGAAAAGUGAUAGUUACCCCCCUUGACUAUGUGCCGCGGAUGUAAGGAAACCAGUUAAAUAUUGACAAGUUUACAUCAAUUCGGAUUAUCUCAUAAAUAUUUCAGCAAAUUGUUACAAAAGAAACCACUGAAUAUUAAAUCUUUUUACAUAAUUAUCGCUCUGUUAGCAGCUUUUAUUACGAGAUUUAUCCGUUUAUGAAUGUAAGAUUCGAAGCUAAAUAAUAAUAUCUCAACACUUUAAUGCUAUCGUGUCACUUCAGAAGGAAUAUGGCGAAAAUUUCGGCGAACAGGUGACUAACAGCAGAGAAAAUGGUCCAUGAAAAUAAUUGCCCGAUGCUUCAGUCGUCGACUAAGCAAAUCUUUUUGUCCAAAAUAAACUCGGAUAACAUGCCACAGACUUUAUUAGCUUGUGUGUUUCUGGCAGGUGUUGUUUCGGCCGUCCUUAUUGUAUUUGUGUCUUCCUUCUUUGGCGAACUGUCAUACAGUUUGUUUAACACUCGGAAGGAAAUCAGAAAAACUAAUAACGAAAAUCUACACUUCGGUACAUCGAUGAUAUGGCGAGGCCGACAAAAGACUGCUAUGAACCAAGAAGUUAAAAAAGAAGCCUUAACAGCCUUGAAUCUUGCUAUGGAUAUGUUUGCCCAAGGCAAAAAUGAAAAAGCCCUGAAGCUCUUUCAGCAUGCUAUUGCUCUGGAUCCUCUGCAUGCCGAUAUCUUGAAUGAAUACGGAGAGUUCAUAGAAAAACACGAGAAAGAUAUUGUUCUUGCCAAUCACCUCUACAGCAAAGCUUUGAUACUGAGACCUACUCACAGCAAAGCUGUAAUAAACUGCAAGAGGACAAUGCCAAUUGUUGAAGAAAUUGAUCAGACUUGUUUCAAUCGGAUUGACAAAAAGCGAGAUAGAUUGUAUAAAAUUCCUUCCAACCAUCCUGGGAUAAGACGUGCCAAAAAAGAAACUUAUUAUCUUCAUAUUUAUCAUACAAAUGCAAUAGAAGGAAAUACACUGACUCUAGAACAGACUCGGGCAAUUAUUGAAACACGGAUGGCAAUAGGAGGCAAGAGUCUGCAUGAACAAAAUGAAGUUAUUGGUAUUGAUGCUGCCUUAGGGUUUAUGAACAAUAGUUUGUUAGCCAAGGCUGGAAACAUAAAUCUAGAUGAUAUUCUGGAGGUUCACAAGCGAGUGCUUGGCUUUGUUGAUCCUACAGAAGGUGGUCGCCUUCGGCGCUCACAAGUCUUUGUUGGACAUUUUAAGCCACCUCCUUCAAAAGAACUACCAGAACUUAUGAAGGAAUUUAUUUUAUGGUUGAAUUCUGAAGAAGUUUCCAAAAUUCACCCAAUUGAAUAUGCAGCUCUUGCUCACUAUAAGUUAGUCACUAUUCAUCCGUUUUAUGAUGGAAAUGGCAGGACAUCCAGACUUCUCAUGAAUCUCAUACUUAUGCAAGCUGGCUUUCCUCCAGUCUCAAUCAAAGUCGAAGAUCGUUAUCGUUAUUAUGAAACAUUAGAAAUGGCAAAUGAAGGCGAUAUUCGACCGUUCAUACGUUUCAUUGCUGAAUGUACUGAAAGAACUGUUGAUGAAUUUUUGUUAGCCGCUGUCGAACAUUCAUCAAAUGAUACAUUAUCACUGGCUACCAUACCAGAGGUUUCUGAUAGUGACCAAAGACGAAUUGUCAUAAAUAACUACCCCUAGGCUAUC